AUGGGACGCCACCGAAAGCCAAACCUCGUGAAAGGAACCUGGGUUGAUGAGAGAGCCAAGCCCAAGCGUCAUGGCAAGCUUCUACGUGGUGAUAGGAAAGAUGGCAACAAACAUACCUGGGUGGUUGAAUUCGAACAAGCCGAUGGCACCAAAUCCGAAGAAGUGAAAACCUCGGCUCAGCUCAGUCGAUCCGAUCUCCAAGGACCUACUCCCACCGGAGCAACCAACACCUCUGACAAUGAAGAGCAGCAUGGAAACCCACCGGAAGCGUCGGACGAUGAGAACAAAUCUGACAGUGAUACCGACUCUGAAAAUAAUGAAAUCGAAACUCCUCCACGUCCAAAGAGGAGGGCAGCAUUGAAUCACAGAGUCAUCAACACACCAAAGCCGACUGCAGGCAUAUCUACAUCUUUGACUGAAUCAUCUAGUGGUAGUGAGUCUGGAAAUGAAUCCGACGAUGAUUCUGGUCGCGGUUCUUCCGAUUCCGAUUCUGAUUCUGAUGAUUUGUUAGUUGUUGUUGCCACCAACCACAUCGAUGGAAACCCUGCAUACGAUUGGACGAUGCAUAUUGUAGAGGGUGAGGAGGAACAAGCAAGCAACGACGGCUUUCCUUUUCAAGAUGACGACUCUGUGACUGAUUCGGCUGGUUCGAGCCAAGAACCAACAAACGUUUCCAGUCCCAACGAACCAACCGAAUCCAUCCCCAAUGAGCCAACUGAAGACCUGGAGGCGGCUGACGAACGAGACUUCGAAAGGGAAGAAGAACAUCGACUGAAGAUGGAUGUAUACUUGGCCGAGAAGGAAGUCCUGUUGGAGGAGGGGUGGUCUGUUAGCAUUGUUCCUGAAAAGCCUCCACUUCAACCCGGCGCAGUUGUCCAUAGCAGGCACAAGAAGCCAAAGAAGGGAAAGGUCAUAAAAAGGUCCCCUUGUGGAGAGCACUGGUUGGUGCAAUUCAAUGGCAGCGAACGUCUUGUUCAGAUGUCCAGCCACGGGCUGACUCAAGUGUGGGAAGCUGAGCCCUACGUGUGGAAAAUUGUUGAAGAUUCCGAACCAGACUCCGAGGAAAUGGAAGACUAUGAUACAAUUGGACUUGUUGGUUUCGAUUUCACAAGGUUCUCUGAGCAAAAGAUCGAAGAAACGAUUGACACUCUUGCGUACGAGUAUCCAUUCAUGAAGCUCCUCCAGUACAUGUGGCCUGGCAACCCCAAGGAGCAGGUUGUGUUGAUGAACAAGGCGAUCGACGUCGAGAACGAGGAUCGAAAGAAGAAGAAGAGGCAACUGGUCAAACCGGUGACAGAGCACGAAUACUGGAAGUUUAUCGGUGUUCUAAUUAGCGCCGCAGCCUUCCGAUUGGGUGGCCAUCAGCUUUGGGAGAAGGAGUCAGGCAGGCUACAUUGGACUGUCACUGACCCGAUCGAUCUUGGAUGCAAGGGCCAAGGAAUCAUGCCAUUCUAUCGAUUCAAAGAUCUCAAGAGCAUGUUUCCGUCUGCCUUUCAAGAUAUGGAUGCAAAGGAAAAGAAAGACCCAUGGUCGAUGGUUCGAGGCAUUUUGAACGGAUACAAUGACAAGCGUGCUCGAGUGAUCGCGGCAUCCAUCCGAAAGAUAAUGGACGAGUCAAUGAGUGCCUACAAGCCACAGACAACCAAGACAGGCAACAUACCCCAUCUCUCGUACAUCGAUCGAAAGCCUGAACCGUUGGGAACCGAGCUCAAAACAGUGGCCUGUUCAAAGACUGGUGUCAUCAUCUAUGCAGAGAUACAGGAAGGAGCCAUCGCCAUGAACAAGAAAAGGCAUGCCAAGCUUGGAGGUACCAUUUCCUGUUCCAUUCGGCUUGCUGAAGACAGCCUCUAUUGUGGAUCAAAGCUUCCAUCUCGACAAGAAGCAAAAGCAAGGCAGGCACCAGAGUGCUUCAAAGGUGACUCGUGGUUUACCAGUGUUCCUGUGGCAGAGUGGAUGUCGGAGCAUGGUCAUGCAUAUUCAGGAGCAAUGAAAACUAACACCCGGCUCUUCCCAAAUAAAGAGAUAGAGGAGAAGAUGGAACAGUGGCCGAGUGGCUCUUAUCUUGUCUUGGAGUGCCACACACCGAAUGGACAUGAUCUCAUUGCUAUUGGCUACAGGUACAACCGAAAGAAGACUCUUCUCUUCUUAGCAACCAAGAAUGCCGGUUCAACAAAGCCAGGCCGGCCUUACACUGCGAAAUUUGCUGAUUCCCUUGGGACAAUACAAGAGCGACUGGUGCCUCGUCCAGCAGUGUUGUCAGAAUAUUUCAAUGACAGCAAUGUCAUCGACACCCACAACCAUGUUCGGCAAGGGGAGUUGAAGCUGGAGAAGCGCUGGGUCACCCAUGAUGGCUGGUUUCGAAUUGCCACUACAAUCAUUGGCAUGACUAUCACCGACUGUUGGAAGCUGAUAAAGCACUCUGGUCCCGACUACUUGAAAGAGACGACUAUUGUCCAGUUCGCAGACAUGUUGGCGGCUGACCUCAUUCGCAACAACGUGCCGGACAAGCCACCUACUGGCAAUGGCUUGUAUAUCAACGUUGAUGGGCCACCAGCUGAGAUUGGUGGCCGGCCACAAGAGGUAUGCUCUCCGGUCACUGUGGCAACUGUUGAGACUGUUGUCACUGAGCAUAAAUUUGCAGACAACUCUGAUUGUGAGGAUGAUGGCCAUGGUCGACCAAGGAGACGUGUAUGCCAAGGAAAAGGAUGUACCAAGAAAACGCAAAAGAAGUGUCAACACAGAUCUUGCAAGUCUAGGCGCUACAAUGCCAAUGGCCCCGAGAAGAGAGGAGUAUUCUUUUGUGAGAAUCAUUGGGGAGAGCACCACAAAGAUGUGGCUGCUGCCCUUGCGACGAUGUACGACAGCGACUGGUAA